AUGACGGGGAGGCGUCGUCUGCAAAUUUGUUUUUUUGAAAAAAAAUUAGUUUCUAAUUUAUAUUUUGUGCUUGCGAUGGCGAGUUCGAAACCGUUUUUUGAUUUAGUAAACGGAAAUCCACAUUUUUCAUCGACUUAUUUCGAAAGAAAAAAUAGCGCAUCUGGAGAAUUUGUAUUGAAAAUAGAAAAAAAUUGCGGUUUGCAAAAAUCAUGUCCGGAAAAUUCAUUUUCAAUUUUUUUAUCAACCGGUUGUUUUCCAAAUACAAAACCGAAAUUAUGCAUAAAUGGUUUGAACAUAAUAAAACCAUUGCAAAAAUCCGAUGCACGAGGUCUCAACAUAGCAGUUGUUCAGCAGAAUAAUUUUGAUAUAAUUUCAGUAAAAAAUUUUGAUACGUACAAAUAUAAUAACUCAAAUGAAAUUUCCUCCUGGAUAAAAGGAAUAUCAGAAAAUGAUAUAAUAAUUGCAUUCACGUAUGACGAAGCUUCGAAAAAAUUAAAAAAGGAAACGAUUGAUUUAUUAAAUAAUUUAGGAAGUGGUAAAAUACAAAAUUUACAAUUUCGUUCUCAAUGGUAUAUGAUAACGCAAAAAAGUAAUGAUGGUUUUACCAUAUACGAAAAGUUAACGUAUGCAAAUCAUAAUGAAUGGGCAAAUAGAAUUGAAUUUAAAGGAUGCAUACCUAAAAAUAUACCGAAAAAAUUCACCAUAGCCGACGAACCUUUUAAAACAAACGUUAAAAAAAAUAAAUUUUGCGAAAAAAAAACAAAUUCCGAAUUCAAGGGAUUUUGUAACGAAGGAAGAUUCGACAUGAUUAUGCCAGCUUUAUUAACAAAUAAAAGUCUAAUAAAUAAUUUAGUUUAUACUUUACCGAUUUAUAUUUAUGCGAGUACAAAUAUAGAAAUUUUAAUAUCAUCCAUGGAUAGCUUAAUUCACCAACCUGGUAUUGUACAGAAACAAAUUACAAUAUUACAUUGGGAAAAUAAUGAAGAUAUUGAAAAUAUUGCAAAAAUAUAUAAUGUCCGUUUCAUUAAAACGGAUAAUUUCACAACGUUCGAAGAAAAAUUAUCGGGAGCACAAGAAUUAUCGAAUAAAUUUCAUCCAACUAAAAACUAUUUGAUUGUUAUUGAUUCUGACGUAAUACCAUCGCCGGAUUUUUUAUUUUUCAUGGCACAAUUACUUCCUGUUUUGAAAAAAGAUCCGGAAGUUUCAUUCAUAACCGGUUGGAGUUCUAAUUGUUAUAAAUCAAAGGGAAAUGUUCAUUUGGCUUAUAGAAUUUACGGUACUCCCAUAUAUGCCGCAUUGAUUUCUGCUAAAAAUAAAAGUACAUUUCAAGGUGACAUGUUUGCUCCUGACGUGGCAAGAGUACAAGGUCCAGAUGUGUGUCACCUUCCGAGCCUGGAAUGGGAUAAUUGGAUAGAACGUCCACAAGACCUGAUAAAAAGUCGUUAUUUUCAUAAGUUGGUAAUGUUGACUCAAUUAAGUCAAAUCAUCGACCCGGAAGAAAUAUUAAAAUCGUGUUCAUCGUCGUUAAUUAAAAACGAUACGAAUGCAAUUUAUAUAAAAUCCGACGAUAAAACAAUUCCGCAAAUACUUAAAUGUUUGGGAAUAAUAAAUAAUCAAUAUGGAAUGUAUCACGGUAUCGUUAGAUUGUUCAUUCGCGAUUAUAAUUGUAGGUUGACAUUAGCAGAACAAAAACCUAAAACAUCUUAUGAAAUCGGAUUAGCUUAUACUCCAGGACAAGUUGAUAUGCAGGAAAGAUUGCCUUUUCCUCCUAUUCCUUAUAUAAGAACGGAUGAAACGUAUAAACCCGGGAUUAUAUACACGCCAAAAGAAGGAUUAAAAACUACUUACAAUGAAAAUUUUGUUGCACCGAUCGCGGAUGACAAUUUAAAUAAUUUGCCAUCGAAACUAUUAUCACAACAUAGAGAAUAUCCUAAAUAUGAUAAAUCCAUUUUGCCGGGAAAGUUUGAAAUUAGCGAAUACAAAGAAGAAUAUCCUAUAAGGGAUUUUGAAAAACCUUCGAAAGGGAUCGACAUAGAGCGUGAAACAACAUGUCGGAUGAUACUUACGGGAAGAGACGAAAGAGAAUCAUUGCCUUUCAUUCAAAAUUAUAAUAAAUAUUUAGAUAUAUAUUUAAGCACGAGUAGAUUAGCUCACAGAGCUUUUACAGUACAAGAGCAAAGAGGUAUCGCUAUGAAAGAUAUAAUUACAUUUCCGGAAACGAUGGGCAUUCCAAAAGGACGCGGAUACGGUUGUAAAUUUCCCGUCGUUUCCGGUAGAGUUUUGGAUAAUCGUGAUCCAAACAUGGUCGAUAAAUUAUUAUUUCCGAUCGAUGCAAAAUUAAGAUAUCUACCUAAAGGAAUGCCCAAAGUACCUCAUUUCGGGUGCGAAACCGAAACUCAAGCAUCAUUUACAAGACCAGAGGGUUGUGCAGUUACAAAAACAUUUGCAAAAUUUGGAGAAUUUAAUCAGUGUAUUAUCACUCCAAGUACGAGACAAGCCAUGUCUUCUCCAGGAAUGUACACGACUGAAAGUAACGUAAUACAUAAUCACGGUUCUCCACAAGCUGUUGUGUAG